GUUGGGAAACGGUCACACUUUGCCUUAAGCAGACGAAAAAUAAAAGUUUACGAAAAUUACGUUAAAUUUUGUGAGCUGAAGUGAUGUCUGCGCUCUUCCGCCUAACCAGCCGCGCCAUAGGGCUUCAACGCUCCUUGGCCCUCAAUCAGGCUGCCUCACUUCGUGCGUGUCGUAGCAUCAAAACUUCACCGAAGAAAGAUGAAACAGUCGCCGCGCCUGCAAGCGUUACAACUGAAGAUUUUGCAAAUCCAAGCCCUAAGAACUGGAUGAGCUACGGUUUCGACUACAAAACCGAAGCUGAAGAUCGCAAAGCGACAAAGUCAACAUUCUUUUUUGCUGUCACACUUUGCCUGGUGUGGGGCACUUUCUAUUGGGCAUAUUUGCCAGAUACGCAGCUGCGCGAUUGGGCACAACGUGAAGGUUUUCUAGAGCUGCGUCGCCGCGAGCAAGCGGGACUUGAUUUGGUCAGCUCCAACUAUGUGGACCCGUCCAACAUUGCGCUGCCAUCGGACGAGGAUCUCGGCGACACAGAAAUUAUCAUUUAAACAAUUAGUGCACUAUACCUUAGUUUGUUUUAUAAGCGAAUGUUAUGUAACGGUAAACGCUGAAUGAAGCCCAGACACUGAGCUGCAUUCGAAUUGCAAAUAAAAUUACAUAUUUCAGCAUGUAAGCUAA